GUGUGGUUGAAGCGCAUGCGCAGAGUCCGGGGCAAUUACUAAAAUGAUUUUGUAGCGUUGACCCCUCAGUCACCGUCUCUGUUGUAAAAUGGGUGAAGAAGAGAACGUAAACCGCGAUAAGGGGUUUAGACUGCUUGGCCUUGUAGAUGUCCAGAAUACUCCUUGCGCCAGAGAAGCCAUCCUACAUGGAGCCGGGGGCUCGGUAGCCGCUGGUUUGCUACACUUUUUGGCCACCAGUCGAGUGAAGCGGUCCUUUGACAUUGGAUUUGCGGGUUUUAUGAUUACAACACUGGGAUCAUGGUUCUACUGUCGAAUAAAAAAUUCAAAAAUCCGUGUCCAGCAGAGGAUGAUCAAGGAAGGCAUCAAGAAUAAGAUUAUUUAUGAAGGAACCAGCCAUGACCCUGUCGGCAAACCACCAGGCCUGUCGUGACUGUUGCAAUGGUCCGGCAGUCAAAUUCUUCCCCCAUCCUCCUCUUCGUGGUUAGCAGGAACUGCUUACAUCACAGGAGACUGUCUCUAGGUUAAAUCAAAGACCCCAAAAAAUUCAUUUAAAUCAAGGUAAAGACACUGAGGUUGCAGAGGCUGAACUUGCCUUUCUGGGAUAAGAGGCAGCAGUUACUUCAGAGUGGGAUGGGUGAUUUAAGAUGGCUUCCAACACCAGGUAGGAAGCCAUCUUAAACAGCUGUUGCUGUGUAGAGGAUGGAUGAAAAACAAGUUGUAGAAUUGAGAAAAUCUUUUAAAAUCAUUUAAGUGAAGCAAAAUCCCAACAUCAGGUCAGGCCCCUAAUACAUUUAUGUUGUUUUACUUUGUAAAAGCGUAUGCUGUUCCCAGUAUAUAUUUUCUAUGCAUUGGUACAUAAUUUUAUCCAUUCUGGUUUUUGAUUGAAUUUGCUCAUACUGCUUUGAUAUUUCAAACCUCUUAAACACUUAAAAAUGUACUAAUUGUAAAGCAGUUUAUACAUUAAAGAGGUUUAAUAUGUUAUACA